UUUUCAUUUUCAUUUUCAUUUUCAUUAUUAAAACGCAUCAUGUUCAAUCCAACGCUCAUUCAGUUGCGUUUCCCUGAAUACUCUUUCGCUUCUCUAUUAGUCUAUGGAUGCUAUGGGUGUCCCCCGAAGGCGAAGUUGAAGGCGAAGGUGUUCCGACGAAGUGGGUUCGAUUGCCACGUGAUGGUGAAUCCUAUUGGCUGGACGAUGCCGAGCAAAGAAAACCUUCUUCACCGGAGUCCACGGUCUACGGCCAACAAGCCGGGCAAGCGACAAAAGGCACCCCUACCCGCUCCUCUUCGCUGCCCACAUCUUCACACCUUCUCACAACUCCACUCUACCUCGUCCUCAUCCUCAUCCCCAUCCUCAUUUUCAUCUUCAUUUCCAUCUUCAUCCUCUCACUCAGUCUCAUUCGCACUCACCACUCAUCACAGCGUCCAUACGCAUUCUAAAAAAGAACAACUAGCAUGUCGUUUCCUGGUCUUGUGUCUGGCGGAGCAGACUGUGGGCCUGUCAACCCCAUCAACGGCCUUGUCAAAAACUUCACCCGGGACAGGACCCUGCAGCAGGAUCGCUUUGCAUCCAGCUCUCGGAGUGCUGGAAGCAGUUCUUCAGGUUUCCGCACUGUUCGCCCAGGCCAACAGCAAGGCCAUGAUCAGUUUUCGCAGGAAUUCCUGCAGCAGGGCGGUGCGAACUCACAAGAGUUCUUCGAGUUCAAUGAGAUGAACAAGGAGCUCGAGGGGAUCUCCCAUCAUCAGCAGAUCGCGGCGCCCGCAGGUCCAGACUGGGCACUUGAUUUCAUGCAGCAUAACGGAGGACCACAACAGCACCAGCAUCGCGAGUUCCAUGAGGACGCACAGUUUCAAGAGUUCGAGAACGUGUUCCAGAAUGCGCAGCAACAACAGCAGCUGCAGGGACCACAACUUGGAGGCGGCUGGCAAGCAGAGUUCACUGCUUUUGAACAGCAACAUGGUGGCCUCGGACAUGCACUGCAGCCAGAGCAGAUUGAAGCCUUUGAGCGAGCCUUUGAGGAUGCCAAGAAGGUCAGCGAAUGGGAGUCAGAGUUCAAGGCUGAGAACCAGCCUCAGACCUGGGCAGAAGAGUUCACAACCCAGGAGAGUAACCCGAUCGCCGAUCAGGACAAUAAGGAAGCUCUCGCCAAGACCGCUGGUCUCCUGCUAGAUUCUGUAGAUACACAGGGCAACGAAAAGUUCAAGAACUCGUCCUUCAUGAACUUUAUGCGGCGGCUCAGAGAUCAGGAGGUCGCCAUUGAGGGCAACAAGUUGGUCGAACAGACGGCGCCUGUCAUGAGCUCAGCUGGAAGUGACUGGGCGGCCUCAUUCAAUCAGCAGCAGAACAAGGGCAAGGGCAAGGCUAGGGCCUCGGACUGGUCUUCAGAGUUUGAGAGCCAACAGGAGCAACAGAACCAGGCAGAGGGCAGCACCUGGUCCACCGAAUUCGAGAAGCGGAUCGAGCAGCAUAUCCAGAACCGCGAACCCGGCGGUAUGUGGUCAAGCGAAUUUGCGAAGCAGCAGGAGGCAGGCUGGGCAGAAGAGUUCACCGGGGCGACACAGACUAUGGGUGGUGGUGCUGGAGCCACGAGUUGGGCGCAGCAAUUCAACGCCUCACGGCAGGACACUGCUCAGGACUGGGUCAACGAAUUUAAUUCGUCAAAUGCAGCGGAGGAGCUCGAGCAGGCGUUUCAACGGCAUCAACCGCUGGACCAGAACGAGAGCUGGGUCGAGAGUUACCGGAAAAACAUUGCUCAUCUGACUCAGGACCCCAGCGACAAAGAGUGGGAUUCGUUGCAAAAGGACUGGGAGAAGCAGGAAUCGACGGGACUGGGUUACAGGGCUACAGAUCCUCGGUACCAAAACUACAGUUUCGAGCAGAACAAUCCUUACAUGGUGGCGGAUACAGGCAAGUUGAUGGACCUCGCCUCCCGGGGCAACCUCACGGAAUCUAUUUUGGCUCUCGAGGCAGCCGUCCAGAAGGAUCCUAUGGAUGCAGCGGCAUGGCACCAAUUGGGCUUGCGGCAGCAGGAGAAUGAGCGGGAGACACUGGCGAUCGCGGCCCUGACCAAGGCAGUGGAGGCGAAUCCUAAGGAACUGAAUGCCUGGCUGGCCCUGGCAGUUUCUUACACGAAUGAAAACUGCAGAGUCGAUGCAUAUGAUGCGCUGCAGUCCUGGAUUGAGAACUCAGAUCAGUACAAGGGCGUGAAGAGUGCCAUCGCCGGUAGCCAGGGCCGUUCAGCACAGGAGAGGCAUGAGUAUGUAACGGGCUUGUUCUUGGAAGCCGCGAGGACCAAUCCCGGUGAGAACCUGGACCCAGAUGUGCAGAUUGCGCUGGGUGUUCUAUUCAAUGUGUCGGAGGAGUACGAGAAAGCAGUCGAUUGCUUCCGUGCCGCACUGAACCUGCGUCCUGAUGACUACAUGCUUUGGAACAAGUACGGCGCAACGCUCGCGAACUCUCACAACACUACAUCUGCAAUCGAGGCGUACUUCAAUGCGCUCAACAUCAACCCAUCCUAUAUUCGCGCACGAUACAAUCUUGCGAUCGCCUGCAUAAACCUGGGCCAGCACCGCGAGGCAGCAGAGCACUUGCUGAGUGCCUUGUCGCUACAGAACGCUGGUGAUGCUGCACGCGGACUGAUGGUUGGUGCUUCAACUGCAGGCCCACAGCCAGAUGGCGGUGUUGGCGGCAUGUCCCAGAACGUGUGGGAAACGCUCAAGAUGGCGAUGUACAUGCUGGGUAGGACAGAUCUUGCACAACAUUGCGAGACUUCAAGGGACCUAGAUGCCUUCAGAGACGAAUUCGACUUUUAAGCAUAGAAUGACG